AUGUCAGCAGCGGGGUCGCGUGAGGAGAUGUUGGAAGCGCUGCGGAAGGCGAAGCAGGCGAUGGCGCGUCGCGUUCCUGCGGGGCCACGACAAGAGGAGACACCCGCAGCGGGCGGCACACUGCAGCUGCAGGAUGCAGAGGCGCCCCUGAUGCGGCCGCGGCCGCAGGUCCACUCCGAGGCGAAGGACAACCGGAGUCACUUCUUCGACACGUGGUGCCGAAAGAUUGAGAUGUUCGUCGCAGACCCCACAAAGACGAUACUGGAGCUACCGAAGGAUUUGGCGCCGAACGACCGCCGCGAGCUUCACAGCCUGGCUGAGAAGUACAACCUUAGCCACCAGUCCCGCGGCACAGGGGCCACGCGGCGCCUGGUGCUGAAGAAGGACGCUCUCCACUACAGAAUGCCCGACACCCGCCCGGAGGACAUUGAGGCAAUUAAGCAGAAUGCCGGGAGUAAGCAGUCCAAGUUCCACCUGCGUCGUGCCGUGCAAGACGCAGAUGUGGCAGUGGGGUCUAUUGGGGCGUUUGCAGACGAGGCAACGGAAAACAUGGUCCGCCGCCUGGAUCGUGCGACAGAUGAGUAUCGCAAGGCGGUGGAAGUGGGCUAUUCGCAAGAGGAGCUGCUUGCAUUAGAGGCAGGAAAAAGUGUGGAGGAUAUUUUGCGAUCUGGUGACGUGAUGGAACCGUUGCAUGCAUCUGCUGUUGCUCAGCUCAGUGGCUUUGGUGGUUUUGUUCCGCCUGCGUCAACGCCCGCUGGCGACGAGGCCACACCUGCCGCCCCACUUGACGGCAGGAAAAACAAGUUGUACGACGAGAUUUGUCUUCGCUGCGGGGUCCGGGCACGUGUGGACUACGAUGUUCAGAAGUGGGAGUGCAACGGGUACUGUGCCCAGUGUGCCACGGAGACUAUAUGGAAGCUGGUGGAGCUGGAGGGUGCCACGGAGGAGCUCGUCUACGCCUCCGCAGUCGUGGACCGAAAGCGCAGCCAUGCAGAGCCGGGGAUGGGGGCAUCGCCGGUGAGGCAAGAACCGGAGGAGAUUGAUAAGGACAACGACGAGGAUGACACCAUCACCGUAGAGGAUGUGGUGGAUAUGGCAAGUAUGAAUGACUUUUGUGCUGCAGAUAUCAACUGGAUUCGUCGAUUUGCGAGGCAUCAUCAGUCGCGGGGCAGCGGGAGUGUUCUCAGCAGGCACAUUGUGUUUUGCAUUGAGUUUGAAGAUCUCUUUAGCAUGCGCAUUUUCCGUGACUUCCUCACAUCUGGGCACACUGAACCUGCUGUGAGGGAGCGAAAGCGCCCGAAAGUUGAACCCAAUGCGGAUGCUCAAGAGGGUACAAGCCAAGGUGGGUGGUUUCUGCGUCUUUGUGAAGUCAAGGAGUCUGGGGUGCCUUUGUCUACACUUCUGGAGGAACUCAGCUCCUGCAUCCCUGAGCGGUACGAUCAUCUUGCCGUUGCCUUUCCAAACAUGUCAGUGUAUGGGGCCGUGACUACGUGUGUCUGCCAUAUUCAGUCGGAUGCCGUGCAAGAAAGCACCUUAGAACCUCUAGAGAGGAAGUAUGGGAAGAACUGUGUCCGGUUCGCACGAGAGCUUUCUGCCGUUCUCGCUAACGACGGGGGCUCUGCAUGA